UUGGGGCAGUGGCUGAGAGCAACUCGUUGCGACUGGUUCUGCGACAGGUGUCGGAUUGAAAUAAUAGCAAAAACAUUCGUGUGCUUUUUGUUUACGCAGAUAAACAACGUGCGCAUAUGAACAUCAGCGAGAAAUACUGCUCAAAUAAUUGUUUGUUCAAAACAAUCAGGUGUGCUUUUCAUAAUACUAAAAGUUUCUAAUUUCUAAACGACAAGGUGUGCGCGCUACUACUUAUAAAUUUCGGUGUUAGUUUAAAUUUAAAUGCUCUUCAGCUUUUUAAGAUGCAGCAGAACUCUUGUGCAAAGGAAAAUAAGCAACACAAAAUUACAGCUUAUGGUGAUUAGAGGCGUCUGUGACGGAGGCGGCGACUUGGAAAUGGCAUCCGGACCGUUUUUUGUGGGCGUGGACGUGGGCACGGGCAGUGCGAGGGCUGCCCUGGUGGCCUCCGAUGGGCGUGUCCUGGAGCAGUCGGUGCAGACGAUCCAAACCUGGAACCCAGAGCCGGGCUACUACAACCAGUCCUCCGAUAAUAUAUGGCAGUCCAUCUGCCAGGUGGUGAAGAAAGUCAUUGGCGGCGUCGAUAAGUCAGAAGUCAAGGGCAUUGGCUUUGAUGCCACCUGCUCCUUGGUGGUUCUGGGCCCCAAGGGAUCUCCGUUGACGGUGAGCAAAUCCGGUGAGGCGGAGCAGAACAUAAUUCUCUGGAUGGACCAUCGUGCCGAGCAGGAAACCCAGGAGAUAAAUGCCUUCAAGAACCCGCUGCUGAAGUAUGUGGGUGGUCAGGUUUCGCUGGAAAUGGAGGUUCCUAAAUUGCUGUGGCUAAAGCGGAAUCUUGCAAAGACCUUUGGAAAUAUUUGGAGGGUCUUCGACCUGCCCGACUUUCUGACCUGGAGAGCCACUGGUGUGGAUACCCGAUCGCUUUGCUCAGUGGUGUGCAAGUGGAACUAUGAUGCAGCGAAUGGCAGUUGGAGCAAGGAGUUCCUCAAACAGGCGGAUUUGGAGGAGUUGACCCGGAAUAACUUCGAGAUAUUGGGCAGUGAUGUCCAGCCUCCUGGCCGAAUAGUGGGCAAAGGACUCACUGCCAAGGCUGCCGGGGAAUUGGGCUUAACCGCCGGCACUGUGGUUAGCACCUCUCUAAUCGACGCCCAUGCUGGCGCCUUGGGAAUGUUUGGGUGCCGCUCGAAGGAGUCCAAGGGUGCCGACGAUGUCCAGGGCAAGAUGGCGCUGAUUGCCGGCACAUCCACUUGCCACAUGAGCAUCACCCGGGAGGCCUGCUUCGCCCAAGGUGUUUGGGGUCCCUAUCAGGAUGCCAUUAUUCCGGGAUACUUCCUGAACGAGGGCGGUCAGAGCAUCGCAGGACACCUCCUAGAUCACGUCCUCAAGUCGCAUGAAUCCUACGCUGAACUGAAAGCCGAACUGGGAGAGGAUAAGUUUAUCUACCAGCAUCUUAAUAAGCUGCUGCCGGAACUGGCAGCAGCUCGAGGAUUAAGCCAGGUGGGUUGUCUCACCCAGGAUGUCCAUGUCUGGCCGGACCUGCAUGGAAAUCGGUCACCCAUCGCCGAUCCCACGCUGCGAGGAGUGAUUACUGGUCUGGAUAUGACGCGAGGAACUGAAUCUCUGGCCAUCAAAUACUUGGCGUUCGUCCAAGCUCUGGCUUACGGCACACGUCACAUUAUCGAGAACCUUUACCAGUACGGUAGAGCUCCCUUUCAAACACUACUUUUCUGCGGGGGAUUGGCCAAGAAUCCCUUGUACGUACAAUGCCAUGCGGACAUUUGCAAUCUGCCCGCAUUGAUUCCGGAUGAACAGGAAAUGGUUCUGGUGGGUGCUGCUGCCUUGGGUGCCGCUGCCUCCGGACACUUUGACAGCUUGGAGAGCGCCUCGAAAGCCAUGGGUGGCACUGGCCAGCUUGUAAAGCCGAACCCGGAAACCCUAGAGUUCCACAAUCGCAAGUACAAGGUGUUCCUACAGCUGCUGGAGAACCAAAUCCAGUACAGGCGCAUUAUGCAGGGAGACACAAAGUGAUUUUAUCUUUUCGAUGUCAAGACUUUCAAUAAUUUAAAAUAAAUGCCGUACAUGAGCAUUGUAACAAAAUGAA